AUGUUAAGCCUGAUGUUGGUGAGACAGUUAAAGAAGUACUUCCAUCAAAGUCUAGAGUUUUCAAAUGAAUCAAGCAAAAAUAUCGUGGUUCACAAAAGUCUCCAGAAACGUCAUCUAGUUUUUUCUCCAACAAUGGUUCGAAAACCUCAUGUUACACGGCAAGGGAUUAAGAAACGAAAGUUGGUUCUUCAAAAUGAAUCUUCUAAAGACGAAGAGGUUCCUGAAACUCCUGAAGCUAUUCUUUCCAAAACAAUUUUGUCUCUUGAGAAGACACAAGUCACACCACCUGAGGUUUUGUUAACCAAGUCAUCUUAUGAGGAGGUUCAAAUCUCAGACAUCACUACAAACGUAUCUGAUACGAAUGUAAAUGUCACCAUGGGUGAAGGAGAUAUGCAUACAUAA